UUGCACGAAACAAAAUUUGAAUAAAACAGAAGAUGCCUUCCCUCAGAAACAUAUUAGGUGUCCUCUGUAGGUGGAUUGUUUCCUUCUAAAAAUUUUUUGGCGUUCUGUCUCUUGCUGUACUCGGCCAGGAAUUGGACGAACAUUGAACAACUCUAUUCUUGGUAUUUUUGAGAAAGCUGAUCACUACAUGAACUCUGAAGAGUGAUAUUUCCAGCAUUCAAUAUCCAAAAGAACAUUUCAAGGACCUGCUCAGUUACAUAGCAACUGGAAUCUCUCACAAAUAAACGAAGCAUCUCAUAGAUAGUCUCUCGAACCCGAGGGACCUGGUCGAUUUGUGGUUACUCGUAGAUGAACAAAAUUACUCCGAGAUAAAGCUCCGUACGUGUUUUAAUCGCGAUUUAUAAAAAAAUGUCGGUUCCGAACGUCAGCGAGCCGCUGUGUACCUGGCCUUUGCAUCCGGGUUUAACAGCAUGUUCUGAGCCGAGCUUACUCUACUUGCCGCUCCUUAUGCUGGUCGUGAUUCUAAUCUGUUGUCUUUCUGUGGCGUCUGUCAUGGGCAACGCUCUCUGGAUCGCAGCUUACGCUAAGACACCGGCUCUUCAAACUCCUCUGAACAUGUGCCUGCUAAGCUUGGCAUCAGUGGGUCUCUUUAAUGGUGUCGUGAUGCAACCACUGAUCAUUUCAGAGGCAAUAUUCUUCCUGGCCUGUCCGUCGAGAACUUGUUCCCUAGAACAUAUCGUCACUGGUAUAGUAACCUUAGUAGCCGAUAGCACUUUACAGAACAUCGCUGUCAUCUCUAUCGAUCGCUACAUAGCGAUUCUUAAGGGUGUAAGGUAUUUGCAAUUAGUGACCAAAAAGCGUAUCGUCAUUGCCUUUGGUACCUACGCGUUGUUUCGCGUGUUUUUAAGCGUAUGUGUUUUCACAGGAACGAUUGAUUAUGUGGCGCUAGUAAUCGCGUCGAUAGUUUUCAGCAGUACAAUUGUACUAUUUACUUGUGUUAGGAUUACUUUUCGUAUUCGUCGUCUUAGAUGUGUCGUUGUGGGACCAGCCCCGAACCAGGAAGAAGAAAGAAGACGAGUGCACGAGAGAAAAGUUACAAAAACAUUCGGCGUAUUAGUAGGAAUGUUUAUCGUAUGUUUUGCACCAGCUAUGGGCUACUACUUCGUCCUUAAAUCGACUGUUGUCGACCCAGUACUUCAUGCCAUAGUUUGGCGUUUUAUUGAAGUAAUAAUGAUGUUAAACUCAGUUUUGAACUUUGCUGUUUAUUUUUGGCGGCAUGGAGAGAAGCGAGUCGCCGUUCGGAAAGUCAUCGGCGACGCUUACGCUGCAGUUAAGGGUUGUAAUUGCCAUUAGGCAACAGAAGGAGAGAGAUACCGUUAAAAAUUUUUAUUUAGCAAUAAAUUCAAUAAUCGCUAAUAAUGAGUAAGCAGGAACAACGUUUGUUUCAAGCUCGUUUACUGGCGUAGAAUGUUGAAUUUCGUGUGAAAUCGUGGGAAAAGUCCUCCUGGUACAUAUGAUUUACCGGCGCAUGUUUUUUCUCAUUGGAAGGAAACAUAAGAAGUGCUCUUAAUAUGCUCUUAACUAAAACAAAAGGUUUAAUUUAAGGCCGUCAUAUCCUUGCAAAAAUUAUGAAUUUUGUGUCUCAUUAUCCUGAGGCUUGCUUUGAAGCUAGUUAUUUUUAUGCACGUCAUUCUCAGAUUUGUCUUUUAUUGAACGAAUAAAUUUUCCAAUUAACAGUC